ACAUAAAGGAAAUCAAUCAAAGAUUAGAUGAUAUUGUAAAGGAGAAAGAGAAGUAUCAGUUGCAACUGAUGUCGAUAAGUAACACAAUCAAUCAUCCUCAACAACGGCCAGAAACUUCGUCUUUUGUGGAUGUGUCAAAACUCUGUGGUCGGGAUAAGGAGAAGGCAGAAAUACUGAACUAUUUGUGGGGAAGGAGUGGUGAAGAGGACGCUGGUGAACUAAUCCCUACCUUAUCUAUAGUAGGGAUGGGGGGGGUUAGGAAAGACUGCUCUUGCACAGAUGAUAUGGCAAUCAUUCAAGGGCUUGAAAGACUUCGUGAUAGUGCUGCCUACGGUCUAGAAUCGAAUCCAUUGCAGGUCCUUUUGGAAAGGAUUUCUAGCUCUAUCCAGGGAAUGAAAUAUUUUCUUGUUUUAGAUGAUGUUUGGGAUGGAAAUAAAGGUGAGAGGUGGGAAGGACUGAAAACCACUUUCAAAUUUGGUGCCCCAGGAAGCAGAAUUUUGGUUACUACACGCGAUGUUGAAGUUGCAAAAAUGAUGGGGUCCUCUUCCUCACAAAUCAUUUUUCUGGAGAAAUUGACUGACGAGCAAUGUUGGUCAAUAGUUAAACGUAUUGCAUUAGAAGGAAGGGAUGAUCAGAAUUUGGAGAAAAUUGGAAGGGAAAUUGCAGAGAAGUGUAAGGGGUUACCGCUUGCUGCAAAAACUCUAGGAAGCCUUUUAAAGUCUAAAAGAAGCAAACGAGAGUGGCAAAGUGUCUUGAAUAGUGAAAUAUGGAAAUUAGAGUUGGCACAAAAGGAAAUUUUUGCUCCUUUGUUGUUGAGUUAUUAUGAUUUGCCCCCUCCAGUAAAGCAGUGCUUCGUGUAUUGUGUUCUUUUUCCCAAAGAUCACCACAUUUUUCUUCAUGUACUAAUUCCACAAUGGAUGGCGAUGGGUUAUUUAGGGUCGGAUGGUAAUGCAGAUUUGGAGUCAAAAGGGGAAGAAUACUUUCACAUCUUAGCAGACCGUUCUUUCUUUCAAGAUCUUGCAAUGCUUAAUGGAAAGAUUUAUGGUUGUAAGAUGCAUGACAUAGUACAUGAUUUUGCUCAGUAUUUGGCAGAGAAUGAGUUUGUGACAAAAGAGAUCAACUCGGAUCAUUUGGCUAUAGAUGGGUCAAAGAAUCGUCACUUGACAGUGAUGAUUGAUAAAAGGAUCCCUUUUCCUACAUCCAUUUCUGGUGCAAAAAAAUUGCGAGCCCUUAUAACUUUCACUGGAGAGGGUGCACUGACUUAUGAGGCCUUAGGCAGCUUGUUUAAUCAUUGCAGACGCUUAAGGGUAUUGAUUUUUGGUUGGCCUGAUGGAACUGAUCAUUUAUGCAAAGAAAUUCCUGAAGGAAUAGAGAAAUUGAUACACUUGAGAUUCCUUCACUUGUGUAGUAGUCAGAAAUUAGAAAGCCUGCCUGAAGCACUCUGCAACCUACUUAAUUUGGAGUUUUUGAUUUUAGCGGGCUGCCAAAGUCUCAAGCAAUUGCCAGAUUCCAUAGGAAAACUAAUCAACUUGAGGUAUCUCCGUACCGUUGGUUGCAAUGCUCUCACUCACUACCCAAAAGGCGUUCAGAAAUUGACCUCUCUUAGACAUCUAACUGGGCUCAUUGCCAGAGCUGAUCGCAAUGAUGCUAAAGAAUUUAGCCUUACCGAUCUUGAAAACUUGAAACACCUUCAUGUACUGCAUUUGAAAGUGGAGGGGAAUUCAAUCGAUAUGGAGCAGCCUGGAAAAGCUCAACUCCAGGACACCCAGGAGUUGUUUAUACUUUUGGCUGGCACUAUUCAGAGAGCAGACAUAAUUGAAGCCUUGGACCCACAUCGAAACAUACCAAAUUUAAGGUUCUACGACAAUUUCUGGAAGGUGAAAGCAAGAAUCAACAGCACAAUAACAGCUAACGAAAACAAGUUUAAGCAAUCUAUAAGUAAACCAAAUAUAAGGAUCUCUAGGAUGAGUGGAUACUUUUUACGUCCUCCUCUUCCACCUUCACUACUUCUUCCAGAUUUCGCACUGCCAUCAAGACUUGUAGCAGGCAAAACAGCAGCAGCAGCAUUCUCUCUUUCUGUCAAAAACCAUACACAUAUAUUCCAAGUUCAAAAUCUAACCAAGGUGGACGUAUUUCAGAACUGAUAAAAUAUGUAUUUGAAGAUUAGUAAAAAAUGAAAAUUAGUAAAACACCACGCCGGAGCUCUUCAUCAAAUCUUUUCAAAUGUUGAUCAAGCUGUUGUAUGUGUGUAUCUACCUGAAUCAUGAUUACAUCACAAACAGUCAGAGUAUUGAAUGAUAACC